AUGGCACCAACGACUCACUUCAAACUCAACACCGGCGCCUCCAUUCCCGCCGUCGGACUUGGAACAUGGCAAGCCAAGCCCGGUGAGGUUGGCAAGGCCGUCGAGCACGCCCUCAAGUCUGGAUACAGACAUAUUGACUGUGCGCUCAUUUACCGCAAUGAAAGCGAAGUAGGAGAGGCCAUUAAGAAAUCUGGCAUUCCGCGCGAGGAAAUCUUCAUCACCAGCAAAGUAUGGAACACGCAUCAGCCGGAUGUCGCUGCGGGCCUGGCCCAAACCUUGAAAGACCUCCAGACCAGCUAUCUUGACUUGUACCUGAUACACUGGCCAGUACGCCUGGUCCCCAACGAAACGUCAGACCUUCUUCCCGUGAACCCAGACGGCACCCGUUCUGUUGACAGCUCUUGGAACCAGCAGGAUACCUGGCGACAAAUGGAAGAGGUGUACCGCUCUGGAAAAGUCAAGGCCAUUGGAGUGUCAAACUGGAGCGUGCCGUACUUGGAACACUUGAAGAAGACGUGGACGGUCACACCGGCUGUAAACCAGGUCGAAUUACACCCAUAUAACCCACAGCACAAACUCAAGGCGUGGUGCGACAGCCACGGCAUUCUUCUCGAGGCAUACUGCCCUCUCGGCUCGACAGGCGCACCGCUUCUUGAAGACGAAGAAAUUGCUGGCAUUGCGAAGAAGAACGGCAUUUCGCCGGCUACGGUGCUCAUCUCCUACCAAGUUAACAGAGGUUGUAUUGUGCUGCCCAAGUCUGUCACUGCGAGCCGCAUCGAGCAGAAUCUCAAGGUUGUUGAGUUGCCCAAGGAGGAUAUGGAUGCUUUGAAUGCGAUGGCUGCGGGGGGGAAGCAGAAGAGGGUUAAUACGCCUGCUUGGGGUCAUGAUUUGGGAUUUGAGGACUGGUAUGGACCGGUGCAGAAGUAG